ACAUUCGCGAUCAUAAAUACCCUACUUUGUGAUUUAUCUGGGUCAUAUUCCGAUACUUGCUUAGCCGAAUAAUCUGGUUUUAAUUUAGUUCGAAUUUGGUCCGAGUUGAUCUACUAUUAGAAGGCUAUUAGAGGACUAACACGGCCGCGAUCGAGAAAAGAAAAGAAAGAAAGAAAAAAAACCUGGGGUUUUACGCGUUAGAAUUUUCCCGCAAGCUUUACCUGAACCAAGCAAUGCGAUAGCGAUGGCUUCCCAACCUCGCAUAUUCGGAGCGAGCCCGCCUACCGCGAACCAGCCAACCUCCUUUGGAACGACAGGCAACCUCUGGGGAAGUUCGACCACGGUGUCGGGUCAAUCUACAUCGACAUUCGCUGUACCUAAGCAGACUACUACUACUAAGCAGACAGCUGGAAAUAACACCAUAUUUCCGACUACAACUCCUCAACACAAGAGGUCUCAUAAGACUCUGUUUGGCGGUCCUAAACCAGCCAGUCAAACUCCUCCAUCUUUAUUUGGAACUACUACUCCUCAAACUACUACCAAUGGUUUCGCUAGCUUCACUCCCCAAACCCUUCCGCCUCAAGCGAAAAAUGCGGGAAAUCCGGUCAACCCACAACUAAGCUACUUCAGCAUUGGAAGGUCUACUACACCUUCUAGCCCUUCGCCGAUCUCGCGAUCUAGGAGUUCAAUAUCAAGGAGUUCAGUAUCAAGCGGCACUGUAACCCCCGCUACUUCAUUUACUUCGCAAUCACAUUCAGCUUCUGAACGAGCGCCGACGCCUCGGCCCUUUAAGACCCAUGCUGACCCAAAUGGUGAUCUGUGCCUCACGGUGGGUCCGCAGGCGGCCGAAUUCAUAGUCUGCUCUAAAACCUUGGCGAGGUCGUCGCCCUUCUGGAAGAAGAUGCUCUACGGCGGGUUCGCCGAGGGCAAAAAGACACAGGCACAACCGGAAAACGGGAAGCCCGGUUGGGUGGUGAAGCUUCCCGAAGACAACGUCGCCGCCAUGACUAUCAUCCUCAACAUCAUCCACGGUCGCUUUGACAAGGUCCCCGGCUACGAAGAUUUCGUCUACACGACGCAUUUUUACAACCUCUGCGUCUUGACGGAUAAAUACGGCAUGACCCACGUCUUGCGGCCGUGGGCUAAGGGCUGGUCGCGGUCUACGCAUAAUCAGUGCGAAAAGCUUGGUCAAUCUUUACGGACGAAAUUUUGUCACGAACGGUUAUGGAUUGCGUGGGAGCUUGGGGACCGGGUCGCGUUCGAGAAGAUGGCGAGAUCGAUGCUUAUGGAUAGUUGCUCUUCGGCAGGUAAUAAUCUGCGUUACGUGGGCGCUUUGGAGCCACCUGGAAUAUAUGAGAGGAUAGAGAAAGUCCGGCUGGACACAAUCGUAUCGCUUCUCAAGCCAUUAAAUGAUAUUAUCGGACGUCUUGUCCGGAAUGACGUAUCAUUCUGCAAGCAAUGCGACUCCUUCAACAAAAACAGGUGUCUAGCACUGACGCUUGGGAAAAUCAUCCAGGCGCUCCACCGCCACGGGCUCUGGCCCAUGCCAGAGUCUCUAACCGAUCUUCCCUACAGCGUAUCGACUCUUACUCAGAAACUCCACCUCAUAGAAGUCGAGAUCAACAAGGAUAGCCAUCACAACUCCAUGUUCGGCUCGACAGAUUGCGUGCGGACGGAGGUCGAAAACACGCUGAACGCUAUCCCUUCGCUGCUGACCGAAGCCCAUCUCAAACACCUCGCCGCCCAGGCCAAGAAGACCGGAUUCGCUACGCCCGAAGCCCUGUUAGCUAAACCAUGAGCGAAUUUUUCUUUUGUUGGUAUUUGCUAUCAAUACUAAGCCUAGCAAAAGUGAAGCUGGAUUAUUCGAUAUCUCAUGCUGUUAAGAGCGCAUGGAGAUUAUCAAAGCCAGCUUC